CUUAGUUUUCUUCAUCUAAAGCUUUUGCAGUAUUCAGAAAAAUAAAUAAAUAAUACAUACUGCUUUAGCUUUGGAACACCUUUAAUCAUUUUUAAAAAUGGCACGUCAAUUUGUCGUAUUGGCUCUAUUGGCUUUGGUCGUGGCCACCGCAUUCGCUGCCGAGGCACCCUCAGCUGCUCCCACCGCCUCCCCUACAAAAGCACCCACCACGCAGACCAAGGCACCGGCUGCUGCACCCAAAUCAUCGUCAGCCUCAGCACCCAAAGCAUCGUCCCCUGUGGCAGAGGAACCAACAGCCGAAGACGAUUACGCAGCAACCAGCCCGAGUGAAUCUGCCGAGGGACCCACCGUCUCCUCCCCACCAGCACCUACCCCAGAGGUUGUUGAUGGACCAUCUUCCGAUGCACCCACCCCCGGCCCCGAGGUACUCGACGGCAGCGCCACUAAUGUGAAGCUCUCCAUCGCCGGCACUGUUGCCGCCGUCGGAUUCUUCUUCUUCUCUCUCUAAGUUGAUAAACAACUUAUUUGUUUCAUAUGACUUUAUGUAACGUUUGAGAUGAGACCACAUCUUUACUAUAUGCGAAUUAUUAUAUCAAAAGAUUAAAGGGACCUAUUAUUAAUUAAACUA